AUGGCUGCGCAGCUACAGGCGUUGCUACGCUUUCUCUCGCAAGACGCCAAAGUCCCGCUUGCAUCAGCAAUAGGGAAGGUGAGGGAGCUUCAAACAGCAGGUUUGCACAAUGCAAAUGACAUUGCCAACUCAGACUUGACGGCUCUACAGACGAUCUUCAAAGACAACAAGAUCGCCAAACAGGUCCACAAUGCUGCCAAACGCGUGGUCAAGAAGAGCAGCAACAAACGCGGUGCACCAGAUGACGAUGCGUCUUCACAUUCAGCAUCAAAUUCAUCCCCAAAGAGACCGAAAAGGAGCCUGAAUGCUGCAACGACACCAUUCGAGAUCGAAUCUGCACUAGCCCUGCCCAUUGCCUCUGAGACCCAAGAAGAAGAGCUUUCCACGGUAGUGCUCCAGACUAACAGAGCACCUCUGGUCCUUGCAUUUGCAGUCGAGGUGAUAAAGUACACUAUGCCGCAGCAGCCGAUUUCCAGCCGUCUUAGUUUGGGACAGGCUGUCGUGAGUGCGAAUAGUCGCAGCAAGGCGGUUGCGUUGGGGCUCGAGGGCGGGAAAAGUGCAGAAGAAGAAGGAUGGGGGAAAGGGCAGCCAACUAUAAAGAUUCUGGGUAGAGAGAUACCUGUUUUGAAGAGAUGGGACUAUGAUCCAAACGAGGGGAGACCGGACGAGGAAGUUGGCGACAAGCAGAAAGAGAAAGCAGAGGCGACAGAAAACGACAACUCUGCUCAUACCGAAACAUCACCGCCGCUCUGGGGUCUAGAUCUAGAAUCACUCCGACAGAAAGCCGAUGAGCCCGGGAGGCCUUCUCGCGGCCAUUUACAGACUCCCGGACUACCCAUCCACACAGCCGAAUCCGCGCGGUCAUACUUGCUCAAAGCAUUCAGCAUAUUCAGGGAACAGACCGAUGAGACUUCAAUCUCUCCUCGCAAGACAACAGCCAAAAAAGCCGAUUUGGCUUCCGAAAAAGAGAGAGCUCUGGGGCUACUAUUGCGGGCUCUUGAUAUUGUAUUUUCAUCCUGGGCGUCAACAUUACCACCAGAAGAUCUCGACAGGCGAGCAUGGUCGUGGUACGUACGAGUACGGCCCGAUAUUCAGUCUGGAGUGGCUGGUUGGGGAGAGAAAGGGAGAGUGAAGCUCAGCGAAAUUCUAGCGUUAAAACGUUGA